AUGCGGUCUCCGGUAGUACUUUUCUGGCUUCUUGGUUUUACUGUCUUAGCGGCUUCCUUUCGGCCGCAAGACCCAGCACACCUCGAUCAGCUGGUGGACGAGGUGAGCACCGCGACGGCGGAGGAGGAGGAGGAGAAAUCCCAGCUGCACGGAGACGAGGUUCUGGCCCCAGCGCGGAUUCCACUGAGGCCACUUGGGCGCUUCGCCGGUCGCGUCGUUAGAGCCGGUGCGCGAGCGGCCGUACGGGUUGGAAAGAAGGUCUGGUCGGGUGCCAAGAGGGUUGGCAGAGCCGUGUGGCGCCGCGUCAGCAUCCCUCUGGAGUGGCCCAAGAAGAAGGACAAGAAGAAGAAGAAGAGAUAA